UCUGCUGAAGGUGAAAGCUGAUUGGCUGCAGCCUCUCUGCACUGAGACAAGAGUCAAAGAUCAAACUUUGAACCUGUUUCUGUUGUCAGGAAGUGAAACUCACACAGUCACUGUGACAGAAAGCAGAAAUGGAGCAGAAUCAGCUGGACCGAGAAACGUUCUCCUGUUUGAUCUGUCUGGAUCUACUGAAGGAUCCGGAGACUACUUCCUGUGGACACAGCUACUGUAUGAACUGUAUUAAAACCCACUGGGAUGAAGAGGAUCGCAAGAGGAUCCACAGCUGCCCUCAGUGCAGGGAGACAUUCAUACCGAGGCCUGUGCUAAAGAAGAACACCAUGCUAGCAGCUUUAGUGGAGCAGCUGAAGAAGACUGGACUCCAAGCUGCUCCUGCUGACCACCGCUAUGCUGGACAUGAAGAUGUGGCCUGUGAUUUCUGCACUGGUAGAAAACUGAAAGCCAUCAAGUCCUGUUUAUUCUGUCUGGCCUCUUUCUGUGAGAAACACCUUCAGCCUCAUUAUGAUUCAGCUGCUUUUAAGAAACACAAGCUGGUGGAGCCGUCCAAGAACCUCCAGGAGAACAUCUGCUCUAAGCAUGAUAAGUUAUUGGAGAUUUUCUGCCGCACUGAUCAGAAGUGUGUCUGUUUUCUCUGCACCAUGGAAGAACAUAAAGGCCACAACACAGUCCCGGCUGCAGCAGAAAGGACUGAGAGGCAGAGAGAGCUGGAGAAGCAACAAGGAAAAAUACAACGCAGAAUUAAGGACAGAGAGAAAGAUGUGAAGCUGCUUCAACAGGAGGUGGAGGCCAUCAAUCGCUCUGCUGAUAAAACAGUGGAGGACAGUGAGAAGAUCUUCACUGAGCUGAUCCGUCUCCUCCAGAAAAGAAGCUCUGAGGUGAAGCAGCAGAUCAGAUCCCAGCAGGAAACUGAAGUGAGUCGAGUCAAAGAUCUUCAGGAGAAGCUGGAGCAGGAGGUCACUGAGCUGAAGAGGAAAGACGCUGAGCUGGAGCAGCUCUCACACACAGAGGAUCACAGCCAGUUUCUCCUCAACUACCCCUCACUGCCAGCACUCAGUGAGUCUACACACUCAUCCAGCAUCAAUAUCCGUCCUCUGAGACACUUUGAGGACGUGACAGCAGCUGUGUCAGAGCUCAGAGAGAAACUACACGACGUCCUGAGAGACUCAUGGACAAACAUCUUACAUAGACUUAAUGAUGUGGAUGUUUUACUGUCAGAACCAAAGAGCAGAGCUGGAUUCUUAAAAUAUUCACGUGAAAUCACUCUGGAUCCAAACACAGCAAACACACGACUGGUACUAUCAGAGGGGAACAGGAAGGUGAAACUGAUGAGUCGACACCAGUCCUAUUCUAGUCACCCAGACAGAUUCACUGGAUGGUGGCAGGUUCUGAGUAGAGAGAGUCUGACUGGACGUUGUUACUGGGAGGUUAAGAGGAGUGCAACACAAAUUUAUGUUGCAGUCGCGUACAAGAAUAUCAGCAGAAAAGGAGGUAAAAAUGAAUGUGGAUUUGGAAAUGAUGAAAAGUCUUGGGCUUUAGAGUGUUCCAAAAACAGUUUUAGUUUUGGUCACAACAACAUCAGGACCUCCGUCUCAGGUCCAGUUCCCUCCACAGUCGGAGUGUACCUGGACCACAGAGCAGGUAUUCUGUCCUUCUACAGCGUCUCUGAAACCUUGACUCUCCUCCACAGAGUCCAGGCCACAUUCACUGAACCGCUACUGGCUGGAGUUUGGGUUUGUUCCAUUGGAGGUUCUGCUGAGUUUUGUAAACCCAAGUAGAUUUUCUCUCUAAUGGUUGAUCAGGGUUCAUAGUUCUGAUAUUUCUGUUUAUGUGGUUUAAAUGUAUUUCUCUGUGUUCCAGGAGCCAUAAAAGAAAUAAUUGCUAAUAUUUUCUUUCAUUAUUUUAUUACAUAGCAACACUUCUCCAUAAGAAAAUCUUAACUUGUCUGUGCUCUAAUAGCUGUGCUUUAAAUAUUUGAAUUGGUGUAUUUGGAUGUUCACUGCAAAAACACUAAAUCUUACCAAGUAUUGUUGGUCUAGUUUCUAGUGCAAAUAUCUUAGCACAAUAAAAAAAAAACUAACUUAGAUGUAGUCUUGAAGCAAGCUAUAUUAGCUUGUUUUUAGUCAAUACUUCCUUAAUAUUGAUGGUAAAAGCACUAGUUCCUCUUGUAGAUUAUUUCACUUGUGGGACAUUUGUCUUAUUACAAGUUAAAUAAAUGGUGCUUUUUCAUCAAUAUUAAGGAAUUAUUGACUGGAAACUUGGUAAGAUUUUGUGUGUUUGCAGUUUUCUGGUUUUUCUUCCAGUGUUCUGCAAAACAAAUGUUCUUGUUUAAAUCAUUUGAGAUUGAAGUGAACUGAACUUGAUUCUGUUUUCUUUAUUGUGAUCCAGAGAAGAAAAGUUGAACCAACAUCAACUCAGAACUGAUGUGUUUCUCUUCUCAAUUCUUUGGAUUUAGAUCACAAAACUAAAUGUCUGCUGUUCUGCUUCUUUGACUUUCUUCAAUAAAACAACUUGAUUACA